AUGAACGUCGCGCGGCUACUUGGCCUCGUGCAUCUUGUCCUCGCGUCGGCAGACGCUGCUGCUACCUGCUUGGCCAGUGGAACGAGUGCAGCUUUGACGUCAGCACGGUACCCGCUGUCGUUUUGCCCGUUCACGCAAGCCCGAUGCUGCCUUCCUGCGCACGACCAAGCCAUCCUCGCUCAAUUCUUACAACUCAUUUCGGCAGGCGCAUCGUGUGCCGAGACGCUGAACCCGGCCAAGACGAGCCUCGCGCGCGUCAUGUGUGCGGCCUGCAAUCCAUUUUCUCCGCAGUUUCUCUCCCCACCCGUCAGCGCUUCGUUCUUUACGACAGCCAAGACAUUCAAAGUGUGCAGUCGGCUGGCGACCCUUGCCGCGCCCGCCAACUUUGAUUCGUGCGGAUUGAACCAACUGGUUUACCGCGGCUCGGUGUGCUCGCCCAACAACCCUGCGACGUCGCAAACAUGGUCGGCGUGCUCGACUGGCGCGUACGUGUGUCAGAGCGCCAUGACGCAGACCUUCUACUGCCAGCCGACGCCGUGCAUCGCCAUGGACGUCCCAACUGGUUUUGCCAACGCCCCGUGCGAUGCGGCCGAGAACACGUGCAGCUCGGCCUUCCUUUUCCUCAACGACAACGGCGCCGCUAAGCCCGUCUUUUACGAAAAGUACCCCGUCGAGAUCGUCGACGCAGCGAACGGGUCGUGCUUGGAUGCGGACGACUCGCUACUGUUGCUGGCCACAGCGGCGAGCCCCAGUGCCCAUCGCGAUGCACUCACAAGCCUUGUGUGGAUCGUCGUACUCUAUUUUGUAGCGUUCUAG